GGUCGGAUAACGAACGACGCCAAGCUUAGAUAAGAAGAAGGAGUGCCGCUCCUUGCACUGCACUCUUGAGUUACGGCGCAUAUGUGACACCUGCGGUCUGCCUCCUCCUGACAUUUACAUCCGCUAAAGACCCGCCGGGAGUCUGGGCAGCCGCAAAGGUGAGUCCCUAGAUUUUAAAUCUAGGUUACUUAUUUUCUAUGAUGUUAUUUUAUCUCACGUGAUUACAGUAUCAGUAUUCAUAUUAGGUAACUGACAGAUUAUCUUCCAUCCAACAUGACCUUGCUGAGUGCUCCGCGAGGUGAUAUACACACACGACUCGAAUCGAUCGAUUUCUUUCAGUGAUCACGAUCAAGCCUUACAUCGCACUCGUUCAUGGAAGCUCAGACUCCAUGUCUACGUCUCCUAGCUGCUGGCUCCAACGCUCGCGGUCAGCUAGCCAAUGGUUCUGAUGACGAUUCACAUACUUUCAAAGAGUGCCGCUUCAUAAGCUGCAUAGAGGGCACGCUUCCCCCCGGCGCGCUUGGCAUCUUGCAGCUUGCGACUGGAGCAAACCACACUCUUGCAUUGUUGGAGUUUGGUGACGGCCGAAGGGAGCUUUGGGGGUGCGGAGACGGACGCAAAGGGCAGCUGGGUCCAGAAUACGUGGAACAGUUGUCAGAAUUUACGCCGAUCAGCAUGCCCUUGCACAAAACUUAUACUUCCCAAGGAUAUACCUGUUGUCUUAUCGCUGUAGCUUGGGAGACAUCAUAUCUUGUUUUGAAAUCACCUUCCCGACCAGACGUGGUCAUCGCGAUGGGUUCAAAUGACUUUGGGGUACUCGGCGUGGGCACAAAACAAGCUACGGCAACUCCAGCAGUCGUUUCGUUUAAUCACCUCACUAUCGAGGGACGCUCUAUCGAUCCCAGUGAGCUCGUUAUCGAGUCCAUUGCUGCAGGACCUCGUCACGUCGUACUUAAUGUGCGAGCCGUUCUCAGUAAUGAGCAUAUGCUCAUCGGCUGGGGUUUGGCCAGACAUGGCCAACUAGGGGACACGAAGAUCGUGAACUAUAACCGCCCUCAUAUCGUUUCCCUCGAUAUAUCUCCAGAUCCGGUGCAAACAUAUUCUCUCGGGCGGACAACAGCUCUUGGAUCUAACAAGAAAGGACAACUCCAUAGUAUGGAUUCUUGGGGGCGUGUUCGACAGGUUGGGUGCACGUGGAAUGGGACAUAUCUUCUCAGAGACGACGACGAAAAUACCCUUCUAUCGACGGGAAGUAAUGCCCAUGGUCAACUAGGGUUACCGUUGGGCCUGUCAAAUUUACUGUUAUCCCACGAUGGCAAAUUGCCUUCACUGAAAUCCUUUGCUUGUGGCAGCGAACAUGUGAUAGCAGCGAUCUCUCCAUCUGGCUCGUCGGACAUAGAAGUUUGGGGUUGGGGGUGGAACGAGCACGGUAACUUGGGGCUGGAUCAUACAGGAUGAUGUGCCGAAGCCCAUCAAGAUCUGGCCAGCAGAAGGACACACGCUGGACGGAAGAAUUGCUCGAGUAUGGGCUGGAAAUGGGACCAGUUGGAUAUUGUUACAAACAUAAUAUACAGCUCUGUGCUGAAAUGCGACGUAUGCGGAACAAAGAGGAUAGCCAACUAUUGAAGAUACAGGGCAGGGCAAGGACAGAGGUCGCUAAUCAUCCAAGAGGUCCAUGUCGUUGUGAAUUUGCCGGACAGUGGUUUCCUUCGAAGCAGCGAGCCUUCCUAUCAAUAACCUGAGUAGCAUCCUUGGCUUCAUUAUAACGAUGCAACAGGUUUAUGUGUCUUGAUACAAUAGCCUCUGC